AGGGGAGGCGGUGGGGUGCAGCUGGAGGCCCCUGUUAGCAGUGGCGGUCAGAGCCGAGCGGAGCUGCCGGGAACUGUCGCUGUUCAGGGCCGAGUAGCGACCGAAACUUCACUGCCAAGAUGUCCGACGAGGAGCAAGAGCAGACCGUAGCGGAGGAUCUGGUGGUCACCAAGUACAAGAUGGGGGGUGACAUCGCCAACCAGGCUCUUCGUCUGGUCGUGGAAGCAGCCAAGCCGGGGGUGUCUGUUCUCAGCCUCUGUGAGAAGGGGGACGCGUACAUCAUGGCUGAGACUGGAAAGGUGUUCAAGAAGGAAAAGGAAAUGAAGAAAGGCAUUGCCUUUCCCACCAGCGUCUCAGUCAAUAACUGUGUUUGCCACUUCUCUCCCCUGAAGAGUGACCCUGACUACACACUUAAAGAUGGGGAUCUGGUCAAAAUAGAUCUAGGGGUUCAUGUCGACGGCUUUAUUGCCAAUGUUGCUCACAGUUUUGUUGUUGGAGCCAGUAAGGAGAACCCCAUCACAGGCCGCAAAGCUGAUGUAGUCAAAGCGGCCCAUCUGUGUGCAGAAGCAGCUCUUCGCCUUGUUAAGCCUGGUAACCAGAACACUCAAGUGACAGAGGCCUGGAACAAGAUCGCUCAGUCGUUCAAAUGCUCACCUAUCGAGGGUAUGCUGUCUCAUCAGCUAAAGCAACAUGUCAUAGAUGGAGAGAAGACCAUCAUUCAGAACCCGACAGACCAGCAAAGGAAGGACCAUGAGAAGGCAGAGUUUGAGGUACAUGAAGUCUACGCUGUGGACGUCUUGAUUAGCACUGGAGAAGGGAAGGCCAGAGAUGGAGGUCUGAGGACCACCAUUUAUAAGAGGGACCCAAGUAAGCAGUAUGGCUUGAAGAUGAAAACCUCCCGCACGUUCUUCAGCGAAGUGGAACGGCGCUUUGAUGCCAUGCCCUUCACUCUUAGGGCCUUUGAGGAUGAGGCCAAGGCGCGCCUGGGUUUGGUGGAGUGUGCCAAACAUGAAUUGCUACAGCCCUUCAGUGUGCUGCAUGAGAAAGAAGGAGAGUUUGUAGCACAGUUUAAGUUCACAGUGCUGCUGAUGGCCAACGGGCCUCACAGAAUCACCACCGGACCCUUUGAUCCAGAGUUCUAUAAGUCAGAGCACGAAGUUCAGGACCCAGAGCUAAGGACUUUACUACAGAGCUCUGCAAGCCGCAAAACACAGAAGAAAAAGAAAAAGAAGGCCUCAAAGACGGCAGAAAAUGCAACUGGACAGCCAACUGAGGACACAGAAGCAGCAGGAUAAAUACAUAAAUAGAUACUGCCUUUCCACACAUGCAAGACCCCACAGCGAAGCAAGAGAAGACAUGACAAGUUGCCCCAAACUCUCUGCCCAUCAAACGCACCCUAGUAGAGUUGAUUUCACAAAUUAAACUGACAGAUUCAUGAGAACUUUGGAACCAGUUGAACCAGUUGACACGGAUGCUUAACCCUUUACUGCAAUUAAGAAAAGUACCAUGGAAGGAUUUAUGCUGCCUAUUUCUUACCUAACUUGAGUAGGAAAUAAAGAGUAUUUGAAAAUUGUUUUAUGUCUUGUUGCCAAAUGGUAAAUGUGUGACUGGUGCCUUUUUUUUUUUUUUUGUGCUCAUCAUGCUUGUAUUAUUUGCACCUGAAAAUUUCCUUUUCAGUAAAUCUGAGGUUUACAGCGGGCAUUAAUGGGAAUGAAUCAGUCUGUGACUUUUUGGUAUCCAACUAUGAAUAAAGGGUUAGUAAAUAGUUGUAUCAUAUUUGUCAUCUCAUUAUAAAGGCAUCAGUCUAUCAGGGACUCCUUGCUACUUGAAUGGGAUGUUUCUACUGAUCUGUCGCACGUUGUUUCCCUUUGGCAACAAAGUUAAAACAAGUUAGUUUUAUUUUAACAAAAAAAAAAAAAAAAAAUUAAGUUUAAGGAAAACCUUGUCAUAUCAUAGGUGUGUGAAUCAGUAGGGAUGAAGAUGAUUUUAGUCAUCUUCUGCAUUAUUACACAGCCGAGACCUUUAAACAUUUAAAAACAUCUCAACAAAAAACAUUUUUCUUGACUACACCAUGCAGUAAAGGGUUAAAUUGUGAAUUUGUCCCACUCAUGAAAGGAUGACAUAAAAAUAAUGUCACAAUAAUUCCAAAAAUGUAAUUACAAGGAUUGUAAUAUAAUAGAUGGUUUUUACUCCAGAGUUAAAUGUAGUGAGGGUUUAUGGUUACUCUUCUAUCGUCAUGACCUGACCACGUUUUUGGCUGAAACUCCAAUGUUUUAACCACACUAGAUUUUUUUAAAGCAAUAACCUGAGCAGAAAACCAGAAUAUUUUUAAGUGUGCAA